AACUCUCCAGGACAAAAAAAAAAUCCCUGUCAGACUGUUUUCAUCUCUUCUCUUCUCUUCGUCUAAAUGUCGUACGAAGGAAAUUCAAGCUCUUUUGUUGGCAAAUUUGACAAACUGAUUUGUGAAGAUGACUCCGGCACAGAUGAGAACCCUCUCUAUUCAAGCCAAGACAAACAGCAAGUGUCCAUGUCCAUGUCCAUGCCGAGGCAUGAAUCCAGUCGGAUUCCUUACAGGCUGCUCACAGUGAUCCUGGGAAUGAUGGCUGUCAUUCUCCUGGCCAUUAACAUUGGCCUGGGAGUCUAUUACAACCAACUCACUGGUGGGCAGCAAACAAUAAAAGACAUCCACAGCGAGGUGGCCAAACUACAGGCUAGUUACAAUGCUGCGAUCCAAGAAAGGAUCGAUGCCAAGAAGCAGCUGGACAGAGAACUGGGUGAGCAGCAACGACUCAAGUGGGAGCUUGAACAUCAGACCAGAAGAUCCAAAGACUACGAGAAGCAGAUUCACAGAAUUGAAGAUGAAGUCUCGGGGUUGAAAGCCCUCAUACCAAUACUCAAAACGGGUUGUAGACACUGUAACCCGGGAUGGACGUUCCUGCACCUUAGGUGUUACUACUUUCCUUUCCCUGUAACCCUUAAACAAAGAUCGUGGAAAGACGCCAGACAGUUCUGCCAGAAUUUGGGAGGGGACUUGGCAGUGAUAGACACACCAGAAAAAACCGUGUCUAUAACUAAUUUGAUAAAAAGUCAUCAUGAUCCCUCGAGAUCAAUAUACCAGAAUGGCUUCUGGAUCGGACUGAGCGAUGUGGAUGAGGAAAACGUUUGGAAAUGGCCGGAUGGAAGAAUACUGACUGAGUCAUACUGGAACGACGGCGAGCCCAAUGAUCAGAGCAAUGAGGAUUGUGGAGCUGCGUAUCCCAGUCACAACCCCUUUAAGGCCUGGAACGAUGCUCCAUGCAAUUACAACCUGAAAUGGAUUUGUGAAAUGGAACCACAUGACAUGAUUUAAUGUAACUUUUUUCAAGGUUCAAUUUAAGUUAAAUUGUUUGAAAGAACAACUCACUACACCUUAAAGACCUUCACACAUCUUCCAAAUUGUUACUUUUAUCGUGCCAUAAAUAUUUUGUUGAGAAUACAAAAUAGCAAGAAAGGUUUUGAAAUACACCCCUGAGAUAAGAAAUGAACUAUAAAAUGUAAGUAACUUAUUUUACUGUAAUAAAUAAAAUCUUUACUUUGUCUAUGUAUACGUGAGUUGCCACUAUACAGAUCUGGGCACAAUUUGAAAAGUUUAUCAGGACAAUAUCCUCCCACAUGUCAUAUGACGUUUGAUAUUAUUAAAUAUAGUUCUUGCGGAGCGGCAGGUGUAGAGUUAUCUGCCAGUAGGUUGUUAAAUUAAUCUAGAAAUGUCACAGACAAGAAAAAAAACACAUUGGCUACAAUCCAAACUAAUAUGUUUUUGUUUUAAUUUUAAUCCAGCGCAGCAUUUUAGAUUCGUAUCAGUAAUAAUCUCGAAUCAUACUCUCACACCUAAAAACUCGUCCCGUGACCAUUCAUUGAUAGAGAGAAUUCAUUUUCUCGGACAAAUGCUGAUGAGUUGGAACUGUUACUGAACGUAAGUGUUUUGUAACGUUUUGUCUUCACCACUGGUAGUUGAGUUGCGUCAUCAUUUCUAAAUGUCUACAUUUUUGCCCGUCUAUACUGCAAUGUAUAGGUCACCAGUUACCACAUACAGACACAAACAACCAUUGACUCCCUUAUGACAAAUAAAUGUAUUUGACACUUGAUAUUUGACAUAUUUAUAAUAAAAAGCCUAUCAUGAAUAAAAAGAAAACACAAAUUAAGCCAAAUAUAUAUAAUUAGUAUUAAGAAAAUAUACAUAAAAUGUAAAAAUUAAUGUUCAUCUAUUCUUCAUAGUUUAUUCUGUAAAAUGUUAUUUUCACCAAACACUGAUACCAAUGUGUCGUUGAAAUGCUCAAAUCAAAUUUUAUUGGCCAUAUGAUAAAUGGGUGGUGCUCUAGAGUCAGGGAAUUUUUUGAUAUCUGUAAUAUUGUGCAUGAGAAACGUUAAGGAAUUUGAAUGCAUUAGAUUAGGGUGGUUUAUGUUUUGUGCUGAGAGUUACCAUCCUGUCUCUGGCAUUGGGAUGAGAUGAACCUUGAGACAGAAGGUUUCUCGUUGGCCUGUCGGCAGAAACAUUGGACCAAGAAUCUUCUCUGUCGACAGAUCUAUGUUGUAAUAAACUCAUAUAUUCAAGAGAGAACAUCAGAGGCUCACCAAGUAAAUCAUUUUAUUCACCACUGUGAGCACCGAUUAAAAAUUCAGUCAUCUUUCACCAAC